UCUUACAGGAAGAAGAAGACUCGAAAGUGUUUCAUUUGUUGAAUGUGUAACUUUAGUCUGCCACAUCAUUUAGCUCCAGUCCUGGAAAACACCCAAGUGUUAUUUUUGCUGCAGCCGAAGCUGUGCACUUACAGCCAUGACACUUUAACAGUCAGGUCGGUGUUAUUUUAUAUGUGCUGCUGGUAACAGAAGACAGGUGAGAUGGCCAUCGCCAGCGUAGCUACAGAGUACGUGUUCAGUGAUUUUCUGCUGAAGGAGCAGAACCAGGCCCGAUACAAGAACAUCCGAACUGAACUGGCUGUGGACAAGAUUGUGACCUGUGUGGCAGUGGGCUUGCCCCUCCUGCUGAUCUCUCUGGCUUUCGCUCAAGAAGUUUCAGUUGGUGCUCAGAUCAGCUGUUUUGCUCCCACAACCUUCUCCUGGAGGCAGGCUGCAUACGUGGAUUCAUUCUGCUGGGCAGACGUACAUACACACAAUCUACCUUUGUGGCUGCACAAGUUCUUUCCCUACAUUCUGUUGCUGGUGGCGGUGCUGAUGUACACCCCAGCGCUGUUCUGGAGAUUUUCUGUGGCGCCCCUCCUGCAGUCGGACCUCAGCUUCAUCAUGGAAGAGUUGGACCGGUGUUAUAACCAUGCUGUCACUCUGGCCAAACGCAUGUCCACCUCAAAAACUACCUCAGACAGCGAUCUUACCGAGGGCUGUUUCAGUUACCCGCUGGUGGAGAAGUUUCUGAUGUCCAAGCGGUGCUCACGGGGGCUGCUGUGUUACUACCUGCUGUGUCGCGGCUUGACAUUUGUCACCCUGCUGUGUGCCUGCCUCUACCUCGGCUACUACCUCCGCCUGGCCUCUGUCACAGACGAGUUUGGUUGUGAGCUGCGUGUCGGGCUGCUUGCAAAUGACACUGGCAUCCCGAACAAGGUGCAGUGUAAGCUCAUUGCCGUGGGAGUCUUCUCUUUGCUGAGCUUUGUCAACUUGGCCCUGUUCGUUGCACUGAUUCCCGUGGUAAUCUACGCUAGUCUCCGUCCCCUUUACUGCCAUGGAUACGCCCGCUUCUUGAAGACCUGCGAAUUGCUGCCCACCCUUGGCGUCCUGCCCACAGCCACUGGCCAAUGGAACGAUCUCCCUAUGUAUCUGCUCUUCCUGGAGGAGAACAUCAGCGAACUGAAGUCCUACAAAUACAUCAAGGUGUUGGAGAUGUUGAAGAGACGAGGUGACCGCUCUGGAGAAAACGUUGACAUCUUUAGUCUGCUGCAGACUCUCUGUCCGGUGAAGAUGGACAGUGUGGAUGGGAAAACACCUACCGGUGCUGCAGGGAAACAGGAUCAAGUAACGAAUGCAGAAGACUCUGCCAGUAGCCUCACAGAAGCCAACGCUGAAGCAGCUAAGAACAGCUGCAGCUGUCCGGACUCAGCCACAACUAACGACAGCAAGAUGGUAACUGAGAUGAAAGAGCUCACUCCCUUGCUGCAAAGAAACAACAGGCAACAGUAAGGGAGGGACUCUCCGUGAGUGAGCGAUGUGAAUGGCUGCUGACACGGAGAUGGAGAGCUGGACAAAGGGUUUUCUUGUGGGAGAGAACUUCACCGCUAUCUUGUGGUUCAUCCACAACCCAUGACCUUCCUGUCCUGAUGGAGGGAUGGGAGCGUGUAGCAUCAUCCUGGGUAUCACUGAAAUGUGGGAUUUACAAACUGAAAUAUUUUCAGUCCUUUCCUCUGAAUGUUUUUUUGUUUUGUUUGGUGCAGUGCAGAAUAAAAAGAGGAGGACAUGGCGUAAGACUCGACACUGGAAGGGUUCAGUAGGGUAAAACUCAUAUUGGUACAGAUUUCAGGAAACAAAGCAUUGAGGACUAAUCCAAUUGUUUCUGUUUGAGACACUACACUAAAAUGCAAAUAAAGAUGCAAAUGUUCUGCCUUAUGAAUGAUACAGUGUCAUCAUGCUGAUUGUACCUAUAGAAGGUGUGCUUGGCUUUAAAAAAUUAUAUAUUUAAAGAAGAAAAUUCUUAAAAACAAAUCUUCCCAGUGACUAUAUGUGAUACAUGUUUACAUGUUUGUACAGCUAUCAGGUAUGUGUGUUAAAGGAUUUGCUUAUUUUGACAACCAACCCAAGAUUGAGUGAGCUUGUUUGCCUGAUAUAUUUUCUGACUAUUUAAAGUAAAAGCAGUACAGUGAGUAUGCAGUAGGUGUUGUUACAGUAAAAGAGGUUGCUUGCUGCUUAAACCAGCAGGAUAUUUAGGGUAUGGGUUGGAGGGGAGGAAACAGAUUUUCGCUUGUUUUGAUUUAGAAAGGAUCCUAAAACUGACACCACAUGAUCAUUUCCAAUUCAAGUUAGAGUGUGAAAUUGUGACAAUUGUAGUUAUGUGUUUAAAUUGCAUACAAUCAUCAUGGGAAAAAUGUGCUUUUUAUGAGAUUGCCAAUCACAUUUCAUGACAAUGUGGAGGUUGUGACGGGGAAUACCACUCGAUGAGGAAUUAAUUCUUCAUUAUUCUGUUAAAUGGUAUAGAAAGUCGUAUGACAUGUCAGCUUAACCUUGAACCCAUUGGUCAAAGAUGUCACAGUGUGGUUUUAGUCUGUUUUAGAGGAGUGUUUUCCGUUUUUGCAGUCAUUGAUUGGAUUAUACAAAAAUCACAUGAAUGAUGACUGGAUGUGUCUUAUUUAUGUGGACUGGAUAGUUUUCUGGUGUAUAUCUCAAUUAUUGUUUUACACAUCAAGCUACAGCAAGCUAUGGUACGAAUUUAGGAAGCGUUCAUUUAAUGUGACAUUUAACUAUUUUUCAACAAAAUUUGUACGCAGUGUUGAUGGCUUAAUGUUUAAUAAAUGCAUAAGUUCUCCAAAAUGAGUGAAUAGACGUUUGAAUGUCUCGGCCUGGAAAUAAACUGUCUGUGCUAGCUCAGGAAUCUCAGGGAUGAACUCAUCUCACUUACCUCGCAGCUGGUUGUUAGAGUUUAUGUCAGACUUACUGUGUUUUUGGAGCCCCUUCUGCUGUCUGUAUAUAUGCACUCUCAAAUAUUUUAACAUGGUCAUGAAAUUCCCACGGUAAGAUCUCUUUGCUCUACAUUAGUGUAUGUUUUAUAAACCUUUCUCCUAUUGUUCAUGUGAUGGCUAAAUGUUAUUGUGGUCCCUUCCUAUGCAGUGGGGCACUUUAUUAAUGCAAAGUCUGGGAAAUAAACCGAUGGUUGUUGUCUUGUCAAUAUGAGAAAACCCUUCUAGUGUUCAAUUUCUAAAGUGACGUUUUGAUGUUUGAAGCUGCUGUUGUUCAUGUUUGAGAUGUGAUUUCUGUCAAUAAGUUGGCUACACUAAAAUAAAUCCAGUAUGGCUUUACUGUCGAGUAA